CGCCGCUGCUGUUCCUCCUUCCGCCGCGGCGCAUCCUCAGUGAGACGCAGCCGCAGCUGGAGAUGUUGUUGGUGACGCACGGAAGAAGCCGGAGGAGUCCCGACACAUGAAGGAGAAACCUGCGCUGAUAUUUCACCCUUUUCUCUGCCAGUUUUAUUAUUAUUCUUGGAGGAGAGGAGAGGAGAGGAGAGGAGAGUUGUUUUUUUUAUUGGACCGGUCUUUGUGUGAACUAGAGGAUGAACAUUAGCACACGAGUGAAAAGCAGGCGGACCGAGGCGAACCUCGGAGCGGAGAGAGAUCAUUUUGACAAGCAGCAGUUGAGCAGCAUCAGCAAAGCUAUCAACUCCACUGAGACGCCUGUAAAAGAGAAACAUGCACGACGAAUCAUCCUCGGCACUCACAGGGAGAAGGGAGCCUUCACCUUCUGGUCAUACGCCCUUGGCUUUCCUCUGGCCGGCAGCUCCAUCCUCAGCUGGAAGUUCUGCCAUGUACUACACAAAAUCCUGCGGGAUGGCCAUCACAAUGUUCUACAAGACUGCAUGAGACAUCACAGUUCUGUGGUUGAAGUAGGGAAACUAUGGGGCAACCUCCAUGAUAGAUAUGGACAGCUGGUGGCUAUGUACUCCAAGAUGCUCUGCACAAAAAUGGAGUUUCAUAAUAAGCACGCAGAAAUCCCACCGAACCUGGAGGUCACAGACGAGGUCCUGGAGCGCACUGCAGGCACAGACAUUAAUAAUGUGUUCCAGCUCACAGUGGAGGUGUUUGAUUACAUGGAUGCAGAACUGAGGGUGGCCGAGACAGUGAUCCGACAGCUCAACUCAACCAUCGCCAUCACCACGCUCACAUCUGGCCAGUGUCGCUUGGCUCCACUUAUCCAAGUUAUCCAGGACUGUAGUCAGCUCUACCACUUCACAGUCAAGCUGCUAUUCAAGCUCCAUGCCUGUCUCCCUGCUGAUACCCUGCAAGGUCAUCGUGAGCGUUUCCAUGAUCAGUUCCACAGCCUUAAGACAUUCUUCAACAAAGCUAGAGACAUGGUGUACUUCAAGAGGCUGAUCCAGGUCCCAAGGCUACCUGAUUCCCCACCUAACUUCCUGCACGCAGCGUCACUGGCCAAACACGUGAAGCCAGUGGUGCUCAUGGCUGAUGAGGAACCAGAGCAGGGGGAUGAUGACGAUGACGACCCAGAGCCGCUCAUCGAGGUCAGCGAUGUCCCAACAUCCAGCAUGGUGCAGACACAGCCUCAGCAAGUGGACAUAUUUGAUCAGGCAUUUGGACCACCCAGUGGAACCUUUGAUGAUAGGGAUCUUCAGAUCGAGAGCCUCAAACGUGACCUGGAGUUGUUAAGAGCAGAGCUGGAGAAGGUCAAAGCGGAGGCUCACCGUUACAUCACGCAGCUCAAGUCCCAAAUUAAUAGUUUGGAGGCAGAGCUGGAGGAACAACGUGCCCAGAAACAAAGAGCUCUCGUGGAAAAUGAGCAGCUGCGCAUGGAGCUGGAGGCCAUGCGUCGCAGAAAUUUGGAGCAUGACAGCUUACAAACCACAUUCUUUGAGGCAGAGCAGCGAGCCAUGGCCACUGAGCAACGGUACAAUAAGCUGAAGGAGAAGCACACAGAGCUGGUGGCCAGUCAUGCUGAACUACUACGAAAGAGUGCAGACACUGUGAGGAUGCUGUCCGCAACCCAGCAAACCCAGGAGGAGGUGGAGAGGACCAAACACCAGCUGUCAUUUGAAAUGGAUCGGAUAAAACAGGAAGCCGACAUGAGGCUGGAAGAGCAGAAGUUUGGGAUGGAAAAGCUGAAGAGGGAGCUGGAGGAGAAGAUGGCGGAAGUGAUGCGCAUGAAGGCGAAUAUGCAGACCAGCGAGAUGUCAAAAGAGCAAAUGAACAGCUCGAUGACGGCUCUGCAGGCCGAGAAGGAGCGUCUGAUGCGAUCUGUGAGUGAGAAGGAGUCGGAGCUGUCUUCGCUACGGCAGUCUGCGCAGCUGCAACAGACGUCACUUCAGCAGGAGCGAGAGAAGAGCAGCAGGGAGCUGGGAGAGCUGCAGGGCAAACUGCAGGAGAAGGUGAGUCAUGAGGGCCAGCUGAAGCAGAAGCUUCUGGACGAGCAGUUUGCUCUGCUGCAGGGUACCAUCACAGAAGCUGAGAACAUAAUCCAAGAUGCUGUCGCCAAGUUGGACGAUCCCUCACAUAUACGCUGCACGAGCUCUCCAGAUUAUCUCAUAAGUCGGGCGGAAGCUGCACUGGGCUCUGUCGACAAAGUAAAGAAGGGCCAUGCUGAUUAUCUACGUAACAUGGGGGAUGCUGGAGGUCUGCUGAGGGCUCUGACCCAGUUCUCCCACUUGACUGCGGAUACCAUCAUCAACGGCAGUGCUACCGCACACAUGGCCCCCACUGACCAUGCUGACCAACUGACAGAGAAUUGCAAAGGAUGUGCCACUCAGAGUUUGCAGUACCUGAGGGAACUGAAGUCUAAGACCACUCUGCAAAGGGCAGACCCAGCCGCUGUUCGUGUCAUUAUUCAAAAGAUCCUGUAUUUGGGCCAGGAGCUGCGGCCAAAAGGCAUGGACGUCCGUCAGGAAGAGUUGGGAGAUCUGGUCGAUAAAGAAAUGGCUGCAACGUCAGCAGCUAUUGAGGAGGCGGUUCGCAGAAUUGAUGAAAUGAUGAAUCAGGCACGAAAGGACACAACAGGAAUAAAACUGGAGGUUAACGAAAGAAUCCUCAACAGCUGCACAGACCUGAUGAUGGCCAUUCGUAUGCUGAUCAUUGCAUCUACAGAUCUACAAAAGGAGAUUGUUGAGGGCGGGCGGGGUGCAGCCUCCAUUAAGGAAUUCUACGCCAAAAACUCCCGCUGGACUGAGGGACUCAUCUCUGCUGCCAAAGCUGUGGGUUGGGGGGCGACCGAGAUGGUAGAGUCUGCUGAUAAGGUGGUGCUGCACACAGGAAAAUAUGAGGAGCUUAUCGUGUGCUCUCAUGAGAUCGCCGCAAGCACGGCACAGCUGGUCGCUGCCUCAAAGGUGAAGGCAGACCGCAGCAGUAAGAGGCUGACAAUCCUGCAGCAGGCGUCUCGCCGCGUAAAUGAAAUGGCAGCUAACGUGGUGGGUUCAACAAGAACGGGCCUGGAGCACCUGGAGGAAAAAGAUACCAUGGACUUCUCUGGCCUGUCCCUCAUCAAGUUGAAAAGAGAAGAAAUGGAAUCCCAGGUGAAGGUCCUGGAAUUAGAGAGUAAGUUGGAGAACGAGCGCCUGCGUCUGGGCGAGCUGAGGAAGAAGCACUAUGACCUGGCUGGCGUUCCUCAGGAGCAGGUUUCUCAGGGGAACGGCGAAAUCUCCUCACCUUCCCAUCCUGGGUCUAUGUCGCCGAAACCUUCCAAACCUGCUCUCAUGAAGAAACCUACAUUGGCUCAGAAACCCAACAUCCUACCCAAAAAUCCAUUUCAGUAAAAGCCUGAGCAGAAGAUGAGACUGCUCCUACUGCUGGAUGUUUGGAUUAACCAGAGAAAGAUUGCCUUUUUGUGAACCUUUUCAAGUUCCUGUUGCCUCCUGACAAUCCUCCUCCUCCUACAUCUUACUUUUCGUUUUGUUUUCUUUUGAGGUUUUUUGUUUUUCUUUUUGCCAAAAUGGACCAGAAGCCUGAUUUAUGACCUUGAUGUCAGUUGCUGUCUUAUCUCUUUUUUUUUAAAAAACAAAAAACACAUGCCAUCCUGGCAGAACCCUUUUUAUUUUAGUACUAGGCAUCAAGAACAAAAAAAAAGGUUCCUAUUAUACUUUAAUGCUGUGUAAAAUAAACAAAUAUUUUAGAUGAUUAAGCCCUGACAGUUUUUAGAAUCACAAAUUGACAGCAUCGCUCCUACUGUCAACGGUUUGUUUUGAUCAUGCUUUGGACAGGACAACCUGUUUUGCACACUACUUUGGACGUUUGUUACAGAGCACAUCACGUUUGUAUUUGUUAUUUAUGUUGUGGUGGGUGGUCCCCGGGUUAUUGCACUGUUCAUGUUGCAAAAACUUUGACAUACCUCUGACUUUGCCUUCAUGCUGGACAGUGUUCCUCUAAUGUGCAAAACUGCUUUCUUUUGUCCGCACUGCAGGAUUGUCUCCGAGGCCUUGAAAUGUACUGCACUAAAGGAAGUAAGACAAAUACCUGAAAAGUAAUUUUUAAGUAUAUCUACACUCAUCUCUUGAAUGUCCCUUCAUAAGAGAACCUGGAUAUUGGAUUAAAGCGUAUAAAUAGGCUUUAGUUCUUGCACACAAAUGAGAUGUUGGUGUCCCUAAUUGGCAAUAGCUUCUUUUAAGAUGAAUAUGAAGAUUUGGGCUUUGGUGAUGAAGGUGUUUUAUGUCCACUUUGCCUUUGGGAACUUUUCUUACAGGGUCAUAAAAUGCGUCUGUAUGUUCUGUUUGUUUCCUCUGUAUGAAAUGUCUUUAUACACUCAGAUCUCUUAAUAUAUUUUAGUAAAGAUAAUGGUGGUUUCUCCUUGUAAGAAGUGUAAAUGUGAAACAAAUGAACAAUAAAUGUUUGAUUUAGUGUUUCCUUA